AUGAAGGUCUUUUCAUCACUGUCAGCUCUGCCAUGGGUCACCAUAUUCGCACAAUCAUGCCUUGCCACGGUAGCCGACAUUCCCGGUGUCUUUGGGCCAGUGCCAGUCAUAUCCGCGUCUCCCGGGGGCGACAUCUCAAAGUAUCUCAAGAGCCGACCAAGUGACUUCGUUCACCCCGGUAUCUGGCACACGCAUGAGGAUCUAGAGCGCAUCCGCAAUGGGGUCCUCCAAGACAUAGAUCCCUGGGCCUCAACCUAUGCCGUCUUCAGCAAGGAUAGCUACAGCUUGUCAUCCUAUGAGAUGAAGGGGCCGAAGCCAGUCAUCUCACGCGGCAGCGUCACCAACUACACGUCCUUCGCUUCCGACGCUCGCGCCGCGUGGCAGAAUGCCCUGAUGUGGUACAUCACCAAAGACGACGCCCACUGGAACCGCAGCACGACCAUUUUGGAUAGCUGGGGGUCUACGUUGGUCGACAUCAUUGGCACGGACCGAUCCCUCCUCAUUGGCUUGGAUGGUGAUCUUUUUGUCAACGCCGCGGAAAUCAUGCGCUGGGAGGGAAACUGGACCGAGUCUGGAGCACGUUGGCAAGGCGGUUCUGGCUUUAGUAUCCAGCUCUACUGGUUGUUCUCACGGCAGUCUAUCCCGAUUGGUCAGGCAAACUACGGAAUGGCUAGUAUCAAGGCACUCCUGAGCUUUGCUGUGUAUCUCGACGAUGUCACCCUUUACAACUAUGCCAUUAAUGAGUACUUGAACAACCCUUGUGCGGGGCUUUACUCCUUUUUUGAACCCGAGACGGGCCAAAGCUCGGAGUCUGGCCGUGAUCAGAGCCAUGCCAUGUCCGGCCUGGGUUGGAUCGCUCAGGCUGCGCGGGUAGCCCAGAGCCAGGGUUCCGACCUCUACAGCCAAGGUAACAACCUGCUUCUUAGAGGCGCAGAGUAUACGGCCAAGUUCAAUCUGAAUGGGACCGUCUCGUAUGAUUCAAAGUGGUAUCGAUGCGAAGCAGUUCUUGUUAAUGGGCCUUGGGCAACCAUCUCUCAGGACAAGCGAGGUGUAACGGCUACAAAUCCGAUGUGGGAUAUUCUGUACUACCAAUAUGUCGUAAAGAGACAGCUGGAAGCGCCUUGGGUAACAAAGGCUAAAAAGACUGUUGGAACUGAGGGCCGAUUGACGAGCAAUGAUCAUCCUAGCUGGGGAGGGAUGAUAUGGGCCUAUUGA